CUUGCUUGUUUUUUUUGUUCCCCCAACUAUUCAAUGUAGUUUGCGAUACAGAAAUAAUAUAGUAGUUUCCCCAAGUAUCUGAAUAUGAGUGACCGACUAGAAGAUGUAAUCAGAGGAUGUGUGAAACAAUUUGCUUCAACUUCAGAUUUCUUUACCUUCGCACAAUCUGGGAAUGGACUCUCCCUCAGUGUGCAAGACGUCACUACGAUUAUUGAAAACCACAGAUUCUCAGUUGAAGAGCAGAAGAAGAAAUUGUUGUGGCUUUGGGUUGAAAGAAAUGGAGCGAAUGCAACUCCAGAAAAAAUAAGAGAUCUUGUGAGGCAAUAUUAUGUGGCUGAUCAACGAGAUCCUGCUGCGCAUGUUGGCAGAAUUGAGAAUGUUUUUCAAGAUGUUAUAAUGCAAUUUACAUCCAAGAAAUUUAAACAGUUUGCAAGAUCAGGGCAGGGAUUAUCUCUUACUGAGCAUGAAGUCGACAGUAUCACAGAAAAUAAUAGAUUCUCAGUGGAGGAGCGCAACCUUAAAUUACUGUUUAAAUGGAGACAUUCCAGAUAUCCAAAUACUGAUGAUGCAGCUGUGAUAGAAAAAAUAAAAAUGGUGGUUGGGCUUUAUAUUCAAGAUGCAAAUCAAGUUGAGAAAGAGCAGAUUAUUCAAGAGCAAGAUGAGGCAGAAAACGAACAAUUAAGUGGAUCUGUUGGAUCUAUAUCGGAAAUAUCUGAAAACUUGAAGAAACCAACGCCACCUGAAACAUCUGCCAAAGCAAUGGCGAAUGUAAAGAGUAAUCAUGAAUAUCUUGGAAUGAUGGCAAAUUAUGUGAAACAGUUAUUUGAAUCAGUUAAAGAUUUUUCAGUGAAACCACCUGACCCAACUAGAGUUUCAGCAGUAACACCAACUCAAACAACUGAAGUUUCAGAAGCAAAAGAGUUUCUUGAAGUCGUGGAGAAUUCUAUGAAGCAGAUGUUGGAAUCUAGAUUGAAACCUGCCAUGGAAAAAACAAAAAUGGAAUAUUUCAUACCACCCAAGGUGACUGAGUUCAAGGAAUUGGAAUCCAACGACCAGACUAGUCUGCAAUCAGUGGAUAUUACAGAGAUUUAUUCUGAUAGCUCAGUCAACCAUGUCAUGUUGCUAGGUGACACAGGUUCUGGAAAAACAACAUUUUCAAUGAGAUAUACAAUGCUGGCUUUGGAAAAAAGGAAUGAAGAUCUUGUCAACAACACGGUUUCAUGUUUAUUGGAAGUUACCUCCUGAUCUCAAAGCCACUUCAAAUCUCGCCCUAGGGGGAUGGGAUAAUGAAACAUUGAAUCUUCUUGCUGGAAAAUUAUUCGGUCCCGAAGCAAAAAGAAUCGUUGGUGAGCUGAGACAGAAAGUACCAUUUCUUAUUUCGAACCCAAUGUUCUUUUUCUACCUGGUCCAAGUGCUGAAGGAUUCCAAAGCAAGUGAUAUUGACACUUUAACAAAUCUGAUGGUUUCUGUUCUGAGAUGCUUUUCGGAAUCUCGUCACGGAAGAACUGUCAAAAGUGCACGAAAACUCAUUGUUGGGAAGUCUGAUGAGCAGAUUCUUUACAGAUUACCAACUUGAGUGUCUUUGUAUAAAUCCAAUGUUUGUGAAUGAAGCAUAACACAUUUAACCUAAUGUAAGUCUAACUGUUAACAAAGAUCUUAAUACAACCAAAUACUCCAAUCAGUUAAAUAGAAAAUAACACAAACAUGUAU